AUGGCUGUCGACGACGAUUUUGUAAUGACCAUUGAGGAGGAUGACGACUCUUUCAAGAUCGUCGAUGAAGAAGCCGAAAUGGCUGAGGAGCCAGAGCCAACACCUGAACCCGCCAAAAAGAAACGCAAGACUGACAAAAAGUCAAAGAAAGCAGCAGCAGCAGCAGCAGCAAAGGACGACAAUACCGAUUCAGCAUUCGAUCCCCAGUUUACUUUUGCCAUUGAUGGAGGUGGAUCGUCAGGACCGAGCCAUGCUUGGGACUUUACAGCUGCUCGUGAUAUGCUCAAGCAAAAACAGGCCAACACAGUGGCGAGAACAUCGAUUGAUGAGAUUAUUGCAAAGAAACGACAAGAAAACAAGUUGAAACGGAAGAAGGCUGCUGCUGCCGAGGCUGAAAAGGAGGAGCAAGCUGAUGUUGAUGAUGAUGAUGAGGACCUUGCUGCUGAUGGCUUUGGUGGUGGUGCACGAGACAAGACCAUGGAGGAUGAUGACGAGGACGACGAUUCGGAUAGCGAUGACUCUGAGAGUGAUGAGGAAGAAUCAGGCCAAAGCGAAGACCAAAGUGAUAGCGAGGAAAAGAAUGAUGAAGCUGAAGAAGCUCGUAAGCGCGCUUACUUUGCACCUGAUGAAGAAAACCCCACAGCAUCCCACGAUUCUUUUACGUCCAUGAACUUGUCACGACCCAUUCAAAAGGGUUUGGCGGGUGUCGGCUUUGUCAAACCAACCGAGAUUCAAGCAAGAACUAUACCAGUAGCAUUGUUGGGCAAGGAUAUUUGUGGUGGUGCUGUCACUGGUUCCGGCAAAACAGCUGCAUUCAUUGUCCCCAUUCUUGAACGUUUGCUUUAUCGUCCACGUCAAACACCAGCCACUCGUGUGCUUAUUCUUUGUCCCACGCGUGAAUUGGCAGCCCAGGUGCAUAGCGUUGCCACCAAGCUUGCAAGUUACACCGAUAUCUCCUUUUGUCUUUGUGUCGGUGGUUUGAAUUUGAGACGUCAAGAAGCUGAACUCAAGACCAAGCCUGAUGUUGUGGUGGCCACCCCAGGUCGUUUAAUCGAUCACGUGCGUAACUCUGCAGGAUUUGCUUUGGAUACUUGUGAAAUUCUUGUCAUGGAUGAAGCUGAUCGUAUGCUCGAAGAUGGUUUCGCUGAUGAAUUGAAUGAGAUUGUAAAGUCUUGCCCAAAGUCCCGACAAACCAUGCUCUUUUCUGCUACCAUGACCGACAAUGUGGAUCAACUUAUUCGCAUGUCGUUGAACCACCCUGUUCGUUUGUUUGUGGAUCGUAGUGAUCAGGCUGCUAGUCGACUUAUUCAAGAAUUCGUUCGUAUUCGUGCACACAAGGAAGCAGAUCGAUCAGCUGUCCUCGUAUCCUUAUGUCGUAGGACAUUCAAGAACAAGGUCAUUAUCUUUUUCCGAUCCAAAGUGGCAGCACAUCAAAUGAAGAUUUUAUUUGGAUUACUCGGCUUACGAGCAGCAGAGUUGCAUGGCAAUCUUACACAAGAACAACGUCUCGAAGCAUUGGAACUUUUCCGUGAUCACAAGGUGGAUUACUUGUUGGCCACUGAUCUUGCAGCAAGAGGUUUGGAUAUCAAGGGCAUUGAAGUCGUCAUCAAUUACAACAUGCCAAAUCAAUUUGCCCAAUACUUGCAUCGUGUGGGUAGAACUGCUCGUGCUGGUCGUAAUGGUCGAUCCGUCACAUUGGUGGGUGAAGCUGACCGCAAGAUGCUCAAAAUGGCCAUCAAAUCAGCCAAUACCGGUUCUCAAGUCAAGAAUCGUGUGAUCCCAGCAGAGACGAUUCAAAAGUACAAAAAGAAGGUCGACCAAUUAUCACCACAAAUCGAAGAGAUCCUACUAGAGGAAAAGCAAGAACGUGCUAUUCGUGAAGCUGAAAUGAAGGUCCAAAAGAGCGAAAACCUGCUCAAGCAUGCUUCCGAGAUCUAUUCACGACCUGCACGGACGUGGUUCCAAACCAACAAGGAGAAAAAGACAAAGAAGCAUUCCAAGCAAUAG